AUGUCUGUCGUGUUACCGGACACUCCCCUACGAAUGAAGCAAGCAGAACAGACUACGACCAAUAGAGUCGACGGGAUUGCAGGGGACGGGAAAGGGGAUCAGAGGCAGUUCCCCGGGAGAACCACGCUUUUGGGACCAGGUCAAGCCCUGCGGGCAUUCCAACACAACCAUCGGCGAGGUGACAGACCACCCUGGUCGACAAAAGUCCUUAUUUCUGGUGGGCUUGGUUCGGUUACAGCUGGUGCGACCAAUGGGGAUGAUAACAUGGAAGCCAAGGCGUGGGGUAUGGGUGGCAAGCCCAAUCUCUGGCCGACUCUUGUGUCUGUUCAAAGACAUAUUGGUGCGGUGCAGAGGAGUGACUUGAGUGGUCGCCGUGGUAAGAAAGAUGUAAGCGAGGAAAAAAAAGAAAAGAAUGGAAGCAAACAUGAGGCGGCGAAAGUAACCUGA